AUGGCCCAAUCCACCAAAUGCUAUCUUCCUAGGUUCGCUUCGAUGGUGGACGGGCCUAAACGCCCAGUCUCGAUGAAGACGAGACCAACAGCUGCUCAACAUGCGCAGUUAGUAACCGCAUGGAAUGAAGGCCGUCUGAAUCCAAUCCUACGAGCUACGUGGGCGCUCUUGUUACAUUACUACAUCCGCUCCGAGGAUAUAUGCUUCGGUUACCAACAUCUCGACGGCGACUCCUCUCCCAAAUCAUAUGUACAGCGUUCUUCCGGCGUUAACAUUUCCACGAUCCGCAUAUCCAUCAACGACAACGACUCCCUCACAGAAAUUGUAGAUAAGAUGCGCGAAAACAGUCCGAGCCGUCGUGGAAGCUCGGAGGCCGCUUCCGAGCGAUAUCUUCCUUUCAACACCAUCUUCAUGCUGCGCACAUACGACCCACCUGCUUCUCCUUCAAAACCUAUGCUUGCGACAGCUCUCCCGGACGAGUGCCAAGUCCGUCUUCAUGUUAAGGUGCUGCGUGGAGACAUCAGCAUCUUCCUUGAAUGGCGCAAGGGCGACAUGUCUGGGGAGCAAAUGAAGAGUAUUGCAAGCAUUUUCGACCAGCUGCUUGCCAAAGUCCUUUCCGCCGAGAACACCGCUAUUAGCCAGCUUAAUUUGUUCUCCGAGAACGACUGGCAACGCAUCCAGAAGUGGAACUCCACUAUCCCACAGCUCCACGAUCGUUGCAUUCACGAGGCGAUCCACGAACAAAUGUUGAGCGGACCUGAUCGUGAAGCUGUAUGCGCGUGGGAUGGAAGCUUGACGUUUGCCGAGUUGGACCAUCAAGCGUCGAAGCUUGCAUGUUAUCUUCGCAUGCAAGGAGUUGGACCGGAGGUCCGCGUGGCUUUGUGCUUCGAUAAAUCUAAAUGGAACAUCGUCGCAAUGCUUGGCGUGAUGAAGGCCGGUGGAGCCUUCGUCCCGUUGGACCCAACUCACCCAACUUCCCGACUACAAUCUCUCAUCCAAUCGGUUCAGGCACCGGUUGUGUUAUGUUCCCAACAUCUGACUGAAAAACUUCGGACUAUCGUGAAGACUUUAAUACCACUUUGUUCUGAUACACUAGAUCCUCUGUCUGAACCCGCCGACGGUGUCAAUCUUGCAUCGGGUGUAACAAGUCAAAAUGCGGCUUACGUUCUUUUUACCUCUGGAUCAACAGGAGAACCCAAGGGAACCCUCUUGGAGCACCGCGCGUUCCUGUCCGGGGCUAUGGUGCAUGGUCCCGGUCUGAAAAUUUAUCGCGAGUCACGAUGUCUUCAAUUUGCCGCCCACACAUUCGAUGCCAGUUUGGCGGAGAGUUUGACGCCACUCAUUCAUGGUGCAUGUGUGUGUAUUCCAAGUGAGGAGGCUCGCCUCAAUGACAUUGUCACCACUAUCAACGAGAUGCGAGUCACUCAAGCCUGCUUCACGCCAUCAUUUGUCGGCUUUAUUGAAAUUGAGAGUGUCCCGGGACUGGAGAGUUUGGUUCUGGCCGGAGAGGCAAUGUCGCAAUCGCAGCUGGCCACUUGGUCGAAAAUCAAACUGGUCAAUGGUUACGGACCUACCGAGGCCAGUGUCGCAUCCGUGCUCAACUCCAAUGUCACACCUGAAACCGAUUGUAAAGAUAUCGGACUGCCCAUUGGUGUUAGGACUUGGCUUGUGAACCCUGAUAACCACGAUGAACUGGUUCCAGUGGGAUGUCCUGGAGAAUUACUUUUGGAAGGCCCACCCCUGGCCCGGUGCUACGUGAAUAACCCACAAAAGACAAACGAAUCGUUCAUCUACGACCCUGCUUGGACUACCUUGGACCCUGAAAAUCGCCCUAGCCGUAGAUUUUACAAGACAGGUGAUCUUGUCAGGUACAACUCCGACACGGGUGCCCUGAAUUACAUCGGCCGGAAAGAUACACAGGUAAAGGUUCACGGACAACGAAUCGAGCUAGGCGAAAUUGAGAACCAGUUGAGCAAAGCUGUGAACGUCACUCACUGUUCUGUUCUCUUCCCCAAGGCUGGAUUCUCCAAGGGACGGCUGGCGGCAGUUGUCUCAUCCACGGGAUUGCUUGCAGAGCAGUCUGAUUCGGACUUGGAGCCUCUACGACUCGUCUCCGCCUCGAAAAAGGCAGAGCUUGUCCCAGGCAUCCGAGAGCAUCUAUCAGCUCGCCUCCCCACUUAUAUGGUCCCGGCGGUUUGGCUGUGUGUUGAAGCUCUGCCACUUCUGCCAUCAGGGAAACUAGACCGCAAGGGCAUUUCCACUUGGGUCGCAGGUAUGGAGAGUGAUCCGGAUCUCCAGAGAAAUGCCUCUGUUCCAAUCGUGGGCACAGAGGCCUCACAGCCUACCAACGACAGAGAGGAAGCUUUGGCUGCUGUAUAUAGUCGUGUCCUCAAUAUUCCCCUCAACCAGCUUAAUCUAAACGAGAGCUUCCUCGCUCUCGGCGGUGAUUCCAUCGCAGCUAUGACAUGUAUCGGUCUCUGCAAGAAGCGAGGGUUUUCCCUCUCUGUACAGGAGCUGCUUCGCAGCAAAUCAAUCCGCGACCUCGCAACUCGCGCAAAGACAAUCGAUCACCUUACGACUUACGAAGAAGCUGUUGAUGAAGCAUUUAGCCUGUCGCCCAUCCAGAUCCUUCACUUUGGUGUACGAAAGGAGGGUCAAGGCCACUUCAACCAAGGAAUCCUCACUCGUUUGAACAAACCAGUCGAUGAACGAGCUCUGCGCAAAGCUGUCGAAACUUUGGUAUCUCGACACUCCAUGCUCCGUGCACGAUUCACUGACACAGGAUUUGCGACCGCAUCGAGUCAACAUGUAACUCGCGAUAUCAAGGGAUCUUACCGAUGGCGGAUGCACAAUCUUAGCAACAUGGAAGAGGUCAAGAUUCAUGUCGCCGACAGCCAGUCUUCUAUAAACUGCUUCUCUGGGCCGUUACUUGCAGUUGACUAUUUUUCGGUCAAGGGCCAGCCGAAUGUCCUGUCAAUGACAGCCCACCACUUGGUUGUCGAUAUUGUCUCGUGGAGAAUUAUUUUGGAAGAUUUGGAAGACAUAAUCUUAAACCCCGAGAAGACAGAAACCAGUGAUGGCUCCUUGCCGUUCCAGACCUGGUGCCGCCUGCAGAAUGAGCACUGCAAAACCCUCCGCGCUGAGCAGAAAGUUGCAACCGAUGCUCUUGCUGCACCUAACUUUGGUUACUGGGGCCUAAAAGACACUCAAACCACAUAUGGUGAUGUGGAUUGUGCCUCGUUUGAGAUCGACCAGGCCCAUACCAAUUCCAUUCUGCUCGAAUGCCACAAAGCUCUUGGGACCGAGCCAAUUGACCUUUUCCUGGCAGCAAUGCUACACUCAUUUGGCCGAGCGUUUCCCGAUCGCUCUCUUCCAACAAUCUACAAUGAAGGCCAUGGAAGAGAAGUUUGGGAUCCAUCCAUUGAUAUCUCGCACACUGUUGGCUGGUUCACCAUUCUGCACCCAAUCUUCGUCUCUACAUACAAGUCAGACGACCCCAUCGAUACCCUUAUGCAGGUGAAGGACCUUCGCCGUCGUGUGUCAGACAAUGGUCGCGCAGAUUUCACUAGCCGCAUUCUCCCAGCCCAGGACAAUCAAAGUUCCGAGCACCCCCAUCCCUUUGAGAUGUCGUUCAACUACGUUGGUCAACAUCGAGACUUGCAGAGGAAGGACGGUCUCUUCCAGCUUGUUGACCAGAUGGCUGGUGAAGCCGGCCAAGGAGGCGGUGCUGCUGACUUUGGAGUCGAUACUCCCCGCUUUGGUCUGUUCGAGAUCUCUGCCAUGGUCGUGGCUGGGAAGGUUCGAUUCAACUUCUCCUUUAACAAGUACAUGGAGCAUCAGAAUCGCAUUCACCGAUGGGUUUCUGAAUGCCAGGACCUACUUGUAACCCUCGCUGAGCAGCUUCCUACCCUCGCACCCCGUUUGACUCUCAGCUCAUUCCCCCUGCUGUCCUUGAGCUACCCUACCUUGGACAAGUUACUCAAUGAGACAUUGCCUGCUAUGGGCAUCGAGUCCACGAACCUUGUCGAGGAUAUCUACCCUUGUUCCCGCAUGCAGCAGGGUAUCCUCCUUGGUCGCAAGCGAGAUAGCUCCUACUAUGCCGUUCACGAUACCUUCGAAAUUCGACCCACCGGAUCUGGCCAGCCAAACCUAGAUCGCCUGGUAAAUGCAUGGCAGCAAGUCGUUUCUCAUCAUGCGAUGUUCCGCACGAUCUUCGUUGAGAACCUCACUCCUCGGCACCCAUUCUGUCAAGUCGUGCUGAAGAGUUACGACGCUACUCCUGUCUUCUUGCAGUCCUCGGGAGAAGAUGAUGUGCUUGCUACCUUCGAUAGAGAACAGCCUAAGGAUUACAGCGAGCCCGAACCAGCGUAUCGUUUCACUAUUUGCCAAACACCCACUGGCAGAUUGUUCGCCCGUAUUGAGCUCAGCCACGCUGCAAUGGAUGGUAACUCAAUCUCAAUCAUCUUCCGUGACUUGCAGCUUGCAUAUGCCGGAAGACUUGAGGAAAUUCCCCAGCCUCUGUUCAAGAAUUAUAUAGAGUACCUCCAGGAUGCUCCAAAGAAGGCUAGCAUCAACUACUGGCGCUCGUACUUGGAUCAAGCUAAGCCGUGUCACUUCCCCGCCCUCACCGACGGCCAACAAUUGGCCAAGGCACUUCGCUCCAUUCCCGUCAACUUUGGAGCACUCGGCGAACUUCAAGGUGUCUGUGAGAAGCGCGGAAUCACUCUCGCAAAUGUCUUCAACGCCGCGUGGGGUCUUACUCUCCGCGCCUUCUGUGGAUCCGAUGAUGUUUCGUUCAGCUACAUGGCAUCCCUGCGUGAUGUGUCUGCUGAUGGCGUCCAGUGGGUUAUUGGACCAGUCAUCAAUCUUCUAGUCUGCCGCAUGAAGGUUGAUGAUGACGCGAAGCUCAGCGAUGUGCUGCACCAAAUUCAGAACGACUACAUGGAAAGCCUUCCCUACCGCCACACUUCACUCAUCGACGUUCAACAUGCUUUGAAGCUGUCCGACACCAAUCUGUUCAACUCUGGUGUCUCCUACCGCCGGCUUCCCAGUUCUAAGGAUGCUAUCAGCAGUGAGAUCGAGUGUGUCGAGGUUGGCUCGAUCCACGAUCCCGCUGAGUUCCCAGUCUUUAUCAACAUCGAGGCCAUGGACUCUACUGCCCGCAUUGAUCUCAACUACUGGACUACCAAUCUCUCUGACUCACAGGCUGCCAAUGUGGCCAAUACAUAUCUUCGUUGCCUCGAGAAUAUUGUUUCAAAUAUUGACGGCCAACUUCGCGAGCUAGACAAUUUGAGCGAGGAUAACAGAUCCCAGAUUAUGGCGUGGAAUAGCAAGUAUCCUAAGCCCUUUGAGAAAUGCGCCCAUCAAGUUGUCCAAGAGAUGGCCAAGAAGCGCCCUGAUGCGUUGGCUGUCACUGCUUGGGAUGGAAACUUGACUUACUCUAAGUUGGAUCAAUUCUCCUCUCGGUUAGCAAGUUACCUCGUCACCUUCGGCGUCGGCCCUGGCACCCUGGUCGCCAUCUGUUUCGAGAAGUCUGUGUGGAACAUGGUCUCCACCUUGGCAAUCAUGAAAGCUGGUGGUGGCUGUAUCCCAGUCGACACACCCCGGAGCCUGGAGCUUGUUGAGCAAUGGAUUGUCGAUAACGCCGUGCAAGUCGCCCUGGCCUCCCCGGAAAACGCACAUGUCCUCGAGGAUGCCGUACCGUACGUGAUUCCUGUGAGCGAGUCUCUCCUCGAGUACCUCGCAGACGAGGUCCUCAACCCCGCGGCACAAUCAUCCGACAUUGCAUACGUUGCUAUGACUGCGGGCACAUCUGGCCCCGCUAAGAGUGUCAUCCUUGACCAUUCAGCUCUCAUGACCCGAGCUGAGGCGUUCGCUACCACCAUGGCAAUUGCCGAUGUGUCUAGGACUCUGCAGUUUGCACCCCAUACAUCCGAUGCAUUCAUCCUCGAGGCAUUCGGUACUUUCAUGUGGGGCGGCUGCGUUUGCAUCCCGGCUGAUAUUGCUCCCUCUAACUUGGCCACAUCUAUCAAUACACUCCAUGUUAAUGUUGCUAGCAUCACACCGACAGCUGCAAGUUUCUUCUCGCCGAAGGAUGUCCCAGGACUGCGAUCCAUUGCCUUCGGCGGUGAAGUUGUUUCUCAGAGCGUUCUCGACCGCUGGCAGACUGAUGAUCUCCAACUGCAGGUUUUGUAUGGAACAUCUGAGAGCUCGGCUGCUUGUUUCCACGUCUUUUGUUCUCAGGACGAAAACGGGGCUGCUCUUAUUGGAAAGAGCACGUCUUGCAUUUCGUGGGUAGUUGACCCAUCCAACCAAGAUUGCCUUGUCCCGAUAGGUAGUGUUGGAGAAUUGGUACUCGAGGGUCCUGUCCUUGCGCGCGGGUACCUCGACAACCAGUCCAUCGAGAGCUGCGAUUUCUUCGAGAACGCUGCUUGGCUCAGGGCAGAGGGUCAACACCGUCUGUUCAAGACCGGGGAUCUUGUUCGAUACAAUUCCGAUGGCUCCCUAGUUUUCGUCGGCCGAAAGAAGGAUAAGAAUGUAUCCGCCUUGGCUAGCGAGCUUAUUCAAACUCAGGCCUGCAUUGAUGCCUUCGUUGACCACAACAAAAAGUGCGUGGUACAGAGUGUCCAGCUGCAAUGUGAGGAUAUCAAGACCAAUGCUCUCGUUGCUUUCGUGGUUGCUUCGGACACAACUCCAGUCACUUUUGGAGAUCACAUCCUUAUCCUCCAAUCCCCGACUCCCAUCCUGAAAGACGGCAUUGCUAGCCUGCAUUCCAGUCUGAGUACCAGUCUUCCUGGCAGCAAGGUUCCGAGUAUCUACAUCCCCAUCUCUUCCCUCCCCUUGACCAUCUCUGGAAAGCUAAACCGCCAGGCCCUCCAAAACGAAACACAAGCCCUUUCAAGGAGUGCCAUCGAGGCCUUCGACAUAAAGCGUUGGAACGGAUCCAAGGCUACUAACCGGACUUCACAACAUCACAGUCUCUCAGAGGGUAAUAUCGCCUUCUGGAAGGAGUAUCUCGGAGAUGUUGAACCCUGCAUUUUCCCGGCGCUCUCCCAUGAUGCAAUCGAUAAUGGCCGGUCCACCCGCACGCUCAACAAGCAGACAGCCAAUAUCCACGCCUUCAGCAGAAUGGCUGGCCUCCCUGCUGAAACUCUCUUCCAGUUUGCCUGGGCCAUUGUCCUCCGGUGGUACACUGGCUCGGAUGAUGUGUGCUUUGGUUAUUCCACCUCAGCCUUGGAGACGAGAUUGGACGCCGAAGGCGUUGCUGCCUGCCGUUUCUUCGUCCAGAACGAUCAAAAGCUGCAGCAGACUCUUCAAAAAGCAAAGAAAGACUCGGAGAACAGUGCAUUGAAUGCUGCUGCUUUGGAUGCAGUCAAACAUCAGCUUGGACUUGAUGAUACAACCAUCUUCAAUACCUCCUUGAUCUAUCGCCCAGCUUCCACUAUUCCCAAAGGAAGCACCCGUGAACCAACCACCUCCAGUGCUUAUAAGAUUGUUGUUGAAGCCCAAGUCUCGCAUUCAUAUGCGGAGAUCCACUUCAACUACUCCUCAGCGACCCUUUCCUCCUUCCAGGUCAGCCAUGUUAUGGCCAUGUUUGACCAAGUGUUGGACGACCUAAUCGCUCACAACCUCCAUGACCGUGUCAUUGGAGAUAUCAAUGUGCUAUCUGAGCGCUCGAUCCGCCAGAUACGUGACUGGAAUGCCGCAUCGCCCCCUAGAGUCGAGAAGUGUGCCGACGAGCUCAUCCAGCAGCAGGCCCUUCUUCACCCUCGCGCAGAAGCCAUCUGCUCUUGGGACAAGAAUUUCACUUAUGGACAGCUUGAGAUUGUCUCCAGUCGCUUGGCUCGCCAUCUCUCUAGUAUUGGAGUCAAGCCCGAAGUUUUCGUCGUCCUGUGCUUCGAAAAGUCAGCUUGGGCUGUUGUUGCCCAGCUGGCUGUUCUGAAAGCAGGCGGAGUUUUUGUCUCAAUUGACCCAACCCACCCCGAGUCUCGACUCAAGAUGCUCAUCGAUGAAAUUGGCACUAAACUUGUCUUGUGCUCAUCUUCAGUCCACACCAAAGUUUCGAAGCUGUGCGCGAAAUCGUUCGCUGUCUGCCAGACUUCGAUCUCCCAACUUUCUGACUCGCCUUUGGCCUUGCCUGGUGUCCGUGCUACUCCGAACAAUGCUGCGUAUGCUAUCUUUACCUCGGGCACUACUGGAAAGCCAAAGGCCACUGUUGUUGAGCAUACCGCCCUUAGCACCACCGCCAUCGCCAUGAUCGAUGCCCUUAACAUGAACUCCACAACCCGUGCUUUGCAAUUCUCUAACUACACGUUUGACGUCAGCAUUCUCGAGAUCAUGAUGGUUCUUAUGACGGGUGGUUGUGUGUGUAUUCCCAGCGAGGAGGAACGUAUGAAUAACAUGGGUGGUGCCAUUCGCCGCAUGGAAGCCACCUUCAUGACGGCACCUCCUGCUAUUGUCAAUACUCUAGAGCCGAAGAAUGUGCCCUCCCUCAAGGUCAUUAUCACAGGCGGCGAGAAGAUGCCCGCAAACCACAUCGGCCGCUGGGCAGACCGGUGCGUUAUCAACGCGUAUGGCCCAUCGGAGGCCACCGUCGUCGCCACUGUUGGUGUCAAGGUUGAUAUGGAGGGUAACCGCGUCAAUAACGACCCCACCUCCAUUGGAACAUCUUCAAACUGCAGAGUCUGGAUUGUGGAUCCAAACAACUCCAACCGUCUGCUGCCCGUUGGCGCUGUUGGUGAAUUGAUUCUUGAAGGAAGCAACAUUGCGCGUGGAUACCUUGCCAACGAAGAGAAGACCAAGGCCGCCUUCUUCGAGAAGCCUGCUUGGAACCGGCAUACUGGGUUGCAAGGAGUGUUCAAACGAAAUGACCGCAUGUACCGCACUGGUGAUCUUGUUCGCUACAACAGCGAUGGCAGCCUAGCCUUCAUCUCCCGCAAAGACACUCAGAUCAAGUUCAAUGGCCAGCGAAUUGAACUAGAGGAGAUCGAACAACAAUGUCUCCAAUGCCUGCCCGAGGACUCGCAGGUGGCUGUUGAUGUCGUUGUGCCCGAGGAACGCACCAUCGCCAAAGGCCUCGCCGCAUUCUUUACCGUCCAUGAUCCUGAAUCCAACGGGGGAAGCAGCGAUCAAUUUACUCCCACUGUUCCUGGAGCUGACCCACUGCUACUACCCAUCUCUGUGUCUAACAUGGAUGCCAUUCAGAAGCUGAAGAGCUCUCUGCCGGAACUUCUUCCUCAGAGCAUGAUGCCCCGACUCUUUUUCCCUAUUCGCAACUUGCCUUUCACGUCCUCGGGGAAGAUUGACCGCCGAAGACUGCGGGCUAUGGUUCAAGGCUUGUCUAAGGAGACCCUCAAGUCUUACAUAACUUUCGACACCUCUAACCGAAGGGAGGGCUCUUCAGCCACAGGCCUCGAGGUCAGGCUUGUGGCCCUUGUGGAAAAGACCCUCGAGCUUGAGGCAGGCUCUGUGACGGCAGAUGACAGCUUUUUCGGUCUCGGUGGUGACUCUUUGUCCGCCAUGAACCUCGUGGGCGCUGCUCAAGCUGAAGGUAUUGCACUUACCGUCUCCAGCAUCUUCAAUUCCCCAAUCUUGGUGGACAUGGCCAAGACCUGUGUCGUGUCCGAUGGAGCUGCUGAAGUUGAGCAAGAAAGCAUCAAGGCAUUCUCCCUGUUACCUUCGGGGGUCCACCUCGAGACCCUGAUGGACGAAAUCAGCGAUAGCUGCGAAGUGUCUAAGGACCUUGUCAGCGAUGUUUACCCAUGCAGCGCUGUGCAGGAGGGUCUUCUAACGCUCUCCAUCAAGCAUAACGGUGCUUAUGUUGCGCAGCCUUCAUUCCGCCUUGCUGCUGGCAUUGAUGUGAGCAAAUUCAAACAAGCCUGGCAACGAACCGUCGCAGACUUGGAAAUUCUUCGCACUCGCAUCGUCCACACCGAAGCUAUGAACUUUGCUCAAGUUGUCCUGAAGGAUAGCCCCAUCUCCUGGGUCCAAGCUGAGUCCUUCGAUGCGCUUCCCAACGACAUCCUUCACUUGCCCAAGCAAAAUGGUGCGGCUUUAACUGGUUAUGCCAUGGUGCAACCUCGUGGCUCAUCUGAUAGUUACUUCGUGUGGUCUGUUCAUCACGCCCUUUAUGACGGCUGGAGUAUUCCUUUGGUAUUCCGCAAGGUCGAAGAGAACUACUUCGGCUCGCAGGCCAAGCGUGCUGGAACCCCUUACAGUUUGUUCAUCGACUACCUGGUAAAGAAGGACAUGAAGGAGUCCGACACUUUCUGGAAAUCAUACCUGGCUGACCUGUCGAGCACUCCUUUCCCUCAUAAUAAGAGUGCAGUGGCUGACGCCAUGCGUGCUGGUAACACCCAGUACCACAGCAUGAAGAUUUCUCGCACCCGCAACAGUGUUGAUUUCACAAUCCCUGUUCUCAUGCGGGCUGCAUGGGCAAUUAUCAUUGCGACACACACUGCCUCUGGUGAUGUGUGCUUUGGCGAGACCUUGUCGGGUAGAAAUAUCGAUCUUCCCGGUGUUGCAGAUAUUGCAGGUCCUGUUCUGACUACAGUGCCCACCCGUAUACAGGUCGACAAUGCCAUGUCCACUAUGGAGUAUUUGCAGAAGAUUCACCAGUCGACCACAGAGAUGAUCCCGCACUUGCACUCUGGUCUUCAGCGCAUCCGGCAGCUGAACAAGGAUACCGCCACGGGCUGCGACUUCAAGAACCUGCUUGUGAUCCAACCGGGUGAUGGUGAGCUCGACAACAAGAUCUGGAUCGAUGAGAAACGUCAAACAAGCGAAGACUUCUUCACCCACCCUCUUGUCGUCGAAUGUGGUGUUACCAAAACGAGCAUCUCCUUCACCGUCCACCACGAUGAGCUCGUCAUCAAUGGAUGGCAAACCAAGCGGAUUACCGAACAAUUUGCGCACGUUCUACAACAAUUGAUCAACAUGCCCAAGAACAGUACGAGCACGCUCGAUGAUUUGGAGGUCAUCAGCCCCGAAGACAAGGCUGAAAUUGGUACAUGGAACCAACGUAUCCCGCUGACAGUGGAGCGGACUGUCCAAGAUUUCAUUCGCGAGAAGUGCGACGAGACUCCUAACGCACAGGCUGUUUGUGCUUGGGAUGGCGACCUUACCUACAAAGAAUUCUGGACCCUCGCAUCUGGAUUCGCCAACUACCUGGUCUCUCGCGGAGUUGGCCCAGAAGUAUUCGUCCCAGUUUGUCUGGACAAGUCGGCUUGGGCGAUGGUCACCCUCAUCGCUAUUCUCAUCGCUGGUGGUGGGUACGUGCCUUUGGAUCCCUCCCACCCAACCUCGCGACACGAGGAGAUUCUCGCCGACGUGGGUGCCAACAUGAUAUUGUGCACUCCCAACUAUACAAACCGCUAUAGCAGGGUCGUGAAGACUGUGAUCCCCAUUAGCAAGGAAACCAUCAAGGCCUAUGGCUGCCUCAAAUCAGCUUCCCGUCGUCGCACUGAAGUCAAGCCCUCCAAUAUGGCCUAUGCUCUAUUCACCUCUGGUAGCACUGGUCGAGCCAAGGGAAUCAUUGUUGAGCACCGCAAUGUGGUCAGCAGUAUCAUGGCAUUCGCGCCGUGGGUCCGCAUGGAUGCAACCUCGAGAGUAUUCCAAUUUGCUUCUCUCACUUUCGAUGCUGCUGUUAUGGAGACUCUUGCGAUCCUCAUGGUGGGAGGUACCAUAUGUGUGCCCAGCGAGGACGACCGUCUCAACGAUGUUGCUGGCGCCAUCCGUAGACUCAAUGUCACUUGGACUUUCCUCACCCCUUCAAUUGCUAGCAUCAUUGAGCCCGCCUCGGUGCCUUCUCUAAAACAUCUCGUUUGUGGUGGUGAGAAAAUGUCUAAUGAAGUCAUCACCAAGUGGGCCAACUCUGUUCACCUCAUGAAUGGGUACGGACCGACCGAAACGUGUGUCUUUGCUGUGGUCGAUACUGCAGUGGCCGCCAAUCGUGAUCCUGGGCGCAUCGGUUACGGUAUUCCCAGCACUCUCACCUGGAUUGUUGACCCCGACAAUCACGAUCGACUUACUCCCCUGGGUGCAAUCGGCGAACUUGCACUUGAGGGUGCUCCUUUGGCCAGAGAGUACCUCAAAAACCCUGAGAAAAACGCAGAAGCAUUCACCUCGGACCCCUCUUGGAUCAAGGACUUCACUCCCGCGGUUCCAGGUCCUCGCCGAAUCUACAAAACUGGUGAUCUUUGCUACUACAACCCAGAUGGUUCCAUUCAGUACAUCAGCCGGAAGGAUCACCAGGUCAAGUUACAUGGCCAACGGAUGGAGCUUGGUGAAAUCGAGCAUCGCCUUUCUGAGGAUGCUCUUACCCGCCACGCUGUCGUCGUUCUCCCCAAGAAUGGCCCACUUAAGCAGCGCCUGGUCACUGUCAUGUCGUUGAACAGUGUCGCAGCCGAUACUAAGCUAAUUUCUGACAAGCCCUGCGAGCUUGUUGAUGAGGACGAGCUUGAACGUCAUGCUUACAAUGAGCUGGUUGAAGUCCAGCAGAAUCUUGAGAACCAACUGCCCAUUUACAUGGUCCCGCAGACUUGGGCUCUCAUCAAGAAGCUUCCCAUGCUUGUUUCUGGAAAGCUUGACCGAAAGAAGAUCACCGCCUGGGUUGAGGAUAUUGAUGAUGCAUCUUACGAGCGCAUCAUGGCGGAUUACGAUCGUAUCAAGCGUGGCAAGACUGAAGAGAAGCCACAAGAAAAGGAAGAGCAGAAUGGAUCGCUCAAUAUCGUCCGCCAAAUCUUUGCACAGGUGUUGAAUAUCUCCCUACAGAAGGUCAAUGUCGACCGUUCUUUUGUCAGCUUGGGCGGCGACAGUAUUACUGGAAUGGCUGUCAUUUCUCGCGCUCGCAAGCAGGGACUUGUUUUGACACUACACGACAUUUUGCAGAGCAGGUCUGUGAAGGAACUUGCUCAAACCGCGAGUUCCAAGGCACCUGUCUCUCAGCGCGAAGAGAAGUCUGGUGAAGGAUUUGCGCUUUCACCUGUCCAGAAGCUCUACUUCCAGAGCUCGGACUACUUCAAGGGCGACGCUCGCUUUAACCAGAGCAUGACUGUUCGCAUCGCUCGCCGCUGCGAGGGCGAAGUCCUCAAGCGCGCUCUCAAGGCUGUCAUUAGCCAGCAUGCUAUGUUUAGGGCACGCUUCAGCAAAUCAAGUGACGGCACCUGGCAACAGAAGACUACAGCGGAGGUCGAUGAAUCUUUCCAAUUCCGCGUUCACUCUGUCAAAGAUACCCGGGACAUGGUUCCCAAGGUUGCUGAGAGUCAAAAUUGCCUGGAUCCUAUCAAUGGGCCUAUUCUGGCAGUCGACCUCUUUAACCUUCGUACGGGCGGUCAGGUUUUAUUCCUUGUCGCUCACCAUCUCUGUAUUGACAUGGUAUCGUGGCGCAUCGUUCUCCAGGACCUCGAAGAACUCGUUGUCUCUGGAUCUCUUUCACUUGAAAAGGCACUGUCCUUCCAAAGCUGGUGUGCCAUGCAGACUGAGAGAGCCAAGACGCACGACGCUGCUAUCGCUCUGCCAUUCACCCCUGAGAAGCCAAACUUGCUUUACUGGGGCAUGCAAGACGCGCCUAAUGUGUAUGGAGAUAUCAAAAUGGAAUCCUUCACGUUGGGCGAGGAUACUACCAAGUUUAUCUUGGAUGGCUGCCACGGCGUCUUCAGGACUGACACUGUGGACAUCUUGCUGUCUGUCAUAAUUUACUCAUUCGGUCACACUUUCACCGAUCGCAAGGUGCCGACUAUCUAUAACGAAGGACAUGGCAGAGAACCCUGGGAAGCCGACAUUGAUCUUUCAAGAACAGUUGGCUGGUUUACCACCAUGGCGCCUUUGUUGGUGGAAUCUGAGGCUCGUGCCCUCAACGACAUUAUCAAGCGUGUCAAGGACACCAGACGCAAGAUCGCCGACAACGGGCGUCCUUACUUCGCCAAAAGUCUACUCCAGGAUCAGGCUGCCGAUUUCCCUGUCCCGUUGGAAAUCCUGUUCAACUACCUGGGCAAAAUGCAGCAACUUGAGCGAGCCGACUCGCUCUUCCAUCACCAUGGUAGCGUCUUCGAUGGCUCGGACUUCGCUGUCGCAGGUGACAUGGGCCCCCAGACUGCUCGUUUCGCUCUAUUCGAAGUAUCCGCUAUUGUCAUAAAAGAACGUCUUAAUGUUGCUUUCACUUACAACACCAAAAUGCAACACGAGGGCUCCAUUCGCCGCUGGAUUCUUAAGUGCAAGCAGACCCUCGAGAAGGAUAUCCUCACAUUGAAAACGGCUACUCCCGAACCCACCCUCAGCGACUACCCGCUGCUCCCAAUCAACUACCACGGUCUGCAGAUGCUCACCGCCAGCACCUUCCGCAAAGCUGGCAUUCGGAACAAGGAUCAAGUCGAGGACAUUUAUCCCUGCUCUCCCAUGCAGGAGGGCCUCUUGCUCAGCCAGCUCCGCGAUCCCAAUGCCUACAUGUUCCAUACUGUGUUUGAGAUCAAGGAUGGGAAAUCUGGAAAGGUCGAUGCUGAAGGAGUUACCCGUGCCUGGCAAAGACUCGUCGACCGUCAUCCUGUUCUGCGAACUAUUUUCAUCGAUAGCAACUAUACUGGUGGAUCCUUCGAUCAACUUGUGCUCAAGAACCUUUCUGAUAAUAUCCUCCGUGUCGAAUGCCGCGAUUCGCAGGUAGAGGAGAAACUGGCUGCCGUCUCCCUUCGUGACAUGAACGGGAUGCGCCAAUCGAAGCUUUCUCACCAACUGACUGUCUGCAAAACGGAUACCGGUCGUGUGAUCCUGAAGCUUGAGAUUAACCACGCCAUUAUCGAUGGUGGUUCCGUGGAUGUACUUCUCCGUGACCUGACUCUCGCCUAUGAGCGAAAGAUUUCCGAGGGUUCAGGACCUCGCUUCAGCGACUAUAUCAAGUUCAUCAGAACUCAGAGCCAGAGUGACGCCCUCAGACACUGGAAACAAUACCUCGGUGGAGUCCACCCAUGUCAUCUCGCUCCGUCGGCUGUGUUCGAAGCCAAGAGAGAACUCAAGGGUGUCAUGAUGAACUUCCAGCGAUUCCCUGAGCUGCUCAAGUUCUGCGAGCGCGCCUCCGUGACUCUCGCCAACCUGACCCUAUCCGCCUGGGCCAUCGUGCUGCGCCAGUUCACUGGCUCCGAUGAUGUUUGUUUUGGAUAUCUUUCUGCGGGCCGCGAUGCCCCUGUCAAUGGCAUUCAGGAUAUGGUUGGAAUAUUUAUUAAUAUGCUCUGCUGUCGAGUCCAGUUCUCUGACCAGCAGACCCUGACUGAUGUGUCCAAGAGUGUUCAAGAUGAUUAUAUUCGAUGCAUCCCUCAUCAAAGCUGCUCUCUGGCAAGCAUCCAGCAUGAGCUUGGCUGGCAGGGACAGUCCCUGUUCAAUACUACUUUGUCAAUCCAGAACCACUCCGUUGCGGGUGGUCCCAAGGACAAGGGACUGUCCUUCAAUCUUCAGCAUGCACAUGACCCGAGCGAGUAUGCGGUUACUGUGAACGUUGAGAUUGCCCGAGGGCAGGAGGGCAUUCUUUUGAGAUACUGGAACGAUAUUGUGUCGGAUGAUGAGGCACAGACUUUGGCUGACACAAUCGCCAAAGUCUUCACUGGCUUCAUUGAAUCCCCGGCUGCGACUCUGUCGCAAUCGACAUUCGCUUCCGAGUCUGAACCUGAGUCAGUUGAUUGGGACCGCUCCCAAUCUACACUCGCUGAAAAGGCAAAGUCGACCGGAGAGAUGAUUGACAGUGCUGCUAUCCAGAAAAUUAUUGAUGAUCGUGUUCAUGAAAUUAUUGGUCGAAUGUUGAGAGAAGGAAAACUGACGGUGCCUCCCAUUCGUACGGAUGGGUUGCCAAGGUACGGUGGUCCUACAGACGCCAUCGCGAGCUCACCGUACCAGUUAGGUAUAGAAGGAGAAGAUGACUCGGGUGUUUCUUCGGCGGCUUCCCGCCCCAGUGAGGAUGGGAUGUCGGCCGAUGUGGAAAGGAAAUUGUGGAAUCUUUGGAGCACAGCUCUUGGCCUCUCACCCAACGUGGUGAGACACCAGGAUAGCUUCUUCAAGUUGGGCGGUGACAGCAUCACCGCUAUGAAGAUGGUCAGUGCCGCUCGGGAAGAGGGCCUGGUACUUACUGUUGCAGAUGUCUUCAACAAUCCUGUCUUUGAGGACAUGCUAACAACAGUGCGGGCCGCCAAUGUCACUCAGCAGAUGCUGAAUGCUGACCUCAAGUCUGGCGGCCACAAGGAGGUUGAUAGUGAUUUACUGAAUAUCACGCCGACGACACUGGGGCCCACCCCCUCUUCUGAGAGCCUCGAAGUUCUCAGACCAUCGUGCGUCGACGAUGCCGCGGUGCAGAGCGGUAUCUGUCCCAAGAUCGGUGUCUUCAAGGGUGGCAUCGCAGAUGUUCUCCCUGUCACCGACUUCCAGGCGAUGUCUCUAACGGCUACUCUCUUCAAGUCCCGAUGGAUGCUUAACUACUUCUAUCUUGAAGGCAACGGUCCCCUGGACCUCAGACGCCUUCGCGAGAGUUGCUUGAAGGUUGUCGCUGCAUUUGAUAUUCUGCGCACAGUCUUCGUGUGCUUCCAUGAUCAGUUCUUCCAGGUCGUGUUGCGCAAGAUCCGUCCCAGCAUCUUUGUUUACGAGACCGACCGCGCUCUUGAUGAAUUCACCAUGACUCUUCAACAGAGAGAUCGCGAGUACGGACCCCGCGAAGGUGAGCAGUACGUGCAGUUCUACGUUGUCAAGAAGAAGGGCAGCGACCAGCACCGUAUCUUGAUCCGCCUUUCCCACACUCAAUACGAUGGAGUGUGUCUGCCGAAGAUCAUGGCUGCCAUUAAGCAUGGAUAUGAAGGCACCCCGUUACCCCCGGUUACUCCCUUCGCUGGCUACCUGCGACAGUUGCCAGGCACAAUCACCCCAGACCAUUACCGCCAUUGGACCAAUCUCCUCAAGGGAUCCCAUAUGACCCAAGUUGUCCACAGGAAGGGUACCAGCAUGUUCCAGAACGUUGGAGCAUUCACCGAGAUUCACAGAAAGAUUGAGAUCUCGCCCACUGCCCUUGGAAAUGUCACUAUCGCAACCGUCAUGCAGGCUGCCUGGGCCCUGGCCCUUGCCAAACUUUCCGCUCAGUCCGAUGUUGUCUUCGGUCUGACCAUCAGCGGUCGCAACGCCACAGUACCCGGUAUUGAGAACACUGUCGGCCCAUGUGUCAAUGUCAUCCCGGUGCGCGUGAAUCUCAGCGAGCACUGGACCGGUGUCGAUCUCUUCCGCUACCUCCAAGACCAGCAAGUCUCCAACAUGCCUUUCGAAUCCCUAGGCUUCCGCGAGAUCAUCAAGCAGUGUACCGACUGGCCUGACUGGACCUACUUUACUACCUCAGUCUUCCACCAGAACGUCGACUACGAAGGAACCAUGCAGCUUGACAACAACAAAUACCGCAUGGGUGGUGUCGGUGUCAACGACAACCUAGCCGAUCUAACCAUGGUGUCUCGCCCCUCCGGUGAACGCGGCCUCGAUGUAACCCUAGGCUACUCCGAAAAGGGACCUAUAAUGCCAUUCUUCGCAUCCAAGGUCCUCGAUAUGGCCUGCGAGAUCGCACAAUCCCUCGUUGCAAACCCAACCGCCGCACUGCCCUCCGCCGGUAUGCUGCGCUCUCUUCCACCUCAGACAAUUGACGACCUGCCUCGACCAACAGACGAGCACUUCCUCAGCGCACACCUCAAGUCGCGCUCCAUCGCAGAGCUACUUGUUCAUUCGGACAUUCUGUCUCGCUCAUGGCACCAGGUCCUACCCAGCCGCAACACCCCGGCCCGCAUCGACCCAGAGCCUGAAACUCCCACCCACCAAUCCGCUUUCCAGUUGGACUCGUCUUUCUUCGACCUCGGCGGUGACGUCUUCAAUCUGGCCCAGCUUACCUGGCUCCUUGAGCAAGAGGGGUUGAAAGUCCGUCUCGAGGAUCUUAUUGAACAUCCUUCUUUCCUCGGCCAAAUGGCCGUGCUGGCCUUGCAUAACGCCAAGCACCAGGACGAUAUUCCAACAGAGCUUCUUGCUACCGGUGCUGCAUCGCCUGAUCCUGUCUCUCGUGUUGAAAAGAAGAAGACAUGGGAGAAGGCUAUGACCAUUGCGCGGAGAUUGACUGGACGCACAAGCGUAGUCUCUACUCGAGCUUGA